AUGGAUUUCUCUAGCUCCCUGCCUCCCUCACCUUCUCCAUUAUACACCUCCCCCUUCAUCCCCAACUCCUCCUUCCCCUCCGCCUCUCCAUACAUCUCUCCUUCCCCCAGCCUGGCCUCAACCGCUCUCUUCUGCUCCCUCCUGUCCCUCCUGGCUCUCCUGGGCAUUGGGGGGAACCUCUACACCAUGGGUCUCCUCAUCAGACGCAGGAGAGGCAGGAGGAGGCGAGGGUGUUCUAGCUGCUGUUUAGGAGGGAGAGGAGUGCUGAGUCUAGCUCUGGCGGACCUCCUCUACCUCUUCACGGCUCCCUUCAUCGUGUACGACAGCCUGGCGGCUGACUGGGCGUUUGGGGAGCUGGGCUGUCGCCUCCUCUUCAGCCUGGACCUGAUCACCCUGCACGCCUCCAUCUACACCCUCACCGCCAUGAGUCUGGACCGCUAUCGGGCUGUGGCCAACCCCCUGGCCACCUCGUCCUCCCCCUCCUCUGGGCUGCUCCGUGUGGCCCUGGCCUGGGGCCUGGCGGUGGCCCUCAGCCUGCCCAUGAUGAUCACCCUCCACCUGGAGGACGGAGACGACGGACAGCUGUGUGUCCCUGCCUGGGACGAGCAGAGCUCCAAAGUGUAUAUGAGCGUGCUGUUCUGUACCAGUAUGAUAGGACCGGGGCUGGCCAUCGGGGCGCUGUACGCUACUCUGGGCCGUCUCUACUGGGUGUCCCAGACCCAGCCCUGGGCCAGUGGUAGUGGGGGUAGCACGUCCUACCCUCCGCGGGCCCCAAGGCCCAAGGUCCUGCUCCUCAUCCUGGGGAUAGUUCUGGCCUUCUGGGCCUGUUUCUUGCCCUUCUGGGUGUGGCAGCUGCUGCCGCUAUACCGGCCCGACAUGCUGCGGACAGUACCGGUGGGUACCCAGGUGACGGUGAACCGGAUCCUAACGGGGCUGACGUACGGGAACUCUUGCGUGAACCCAUUCUUCUACACGCUGCUCACAGGGGGGAAACGACGGAGGAACAGACAAACACCGACGUCAGCGAAUCAGCUCUGCCGCAAAAGCAGUCCGCAGUAG